AAUAAUUUUACAUCAAAUGACAAACGUUUCUUUUCUUCUGUAUAAUAUGUUUAAUUAGAGUAUUCAGGUUUUAUUUUAGGAUUUUUUUGAGUUUCGUUUAGUGUCCUGAUUUAUGAGUCUUCUUAUCGUCUGGCUUGCCUGGUUCAAAGGGUUCAACGGUUCUAAACAUGAGCGAUAUGGGUUCGAGAUUUGCAGUGCUAUUUGAAUCAAUGGCGGCAGGCGGGACAUAAAGGUGUUUGGCUCGCCGACAGCAAAAAAAAAUUCUAGCACAUACCUGUUCCUGUGUUUCGAAGAUGCCAAAGCGGAAUGCCUCCAAUGGACCGCCGGUUCCCAAGAAGAAAGGGACGGGACAGGCGCGCGUUGGCGCCAACGGGCACCGUCUACCGGAGCGCCUCCCGGCCGGAGAGGUCCUCACGGACGUGACCAAGCGCCAGUGGCGGCUGGGCAAGGCGGUCGGGCUGGGAGGAUUUGGGGAGAUCUACCUCGCCUCCGACGAGGUCGCCAGUGCGGCGGGACCCGACGCAUCGUACGUCAUCAAGAUUGAGCCCCACUCCAAUGGGCCACUCUUUACAGAGAUGAACUUUUACCACAGGGUUGGCAAGGCUGAGCAAAUCAAGGCCUGGGUGCAGAAGCACAAGCUGGACUACCUGGGCAUGCCCCAGUUCUUUGGUACGGGCUCGCACGAGCACAAGGGCGUCCGGUACCGGUUCAUGGUGAUGGAACGCUUUGGGGAGGACUUCCAGAAGGUGCUGGACCGCAACAGCAAGACCCUGCCCCUCAAGACCGUCUUCGAGGUCGGACUGAGGGUGAUUGACGUGCUGGAAUACGUCCACAGCUUUGGGUACAUCCACGCAGACGUGAAGGCCUCCAACCUCCUGCUCGGCUUCGGCAAGGCAAACGAGAACAAGGUGUUUUUGGUGGACUUUGGGCUGGCCAGCCGCUACAUCCAGGAUGGCAAGCACAAGGAGUGCAAGGAGGACCUGCGCUUCGCCCACAACGGCACCAUCGAGUUUACCAGUCGGGACGCACAUAUUGGUGCCACAUCUCGUCGGGACGACCUGGAGAUCCUGGGCUACAACAUGCUGCAGUGGCUCUGUGGCGCCCUCCCGUGGGAGGACAACCUGAAGGACGUCAACUAUGUCAGCCAGCGGAAGUCGUGGUUUAUGGACAAUAUUCCCCUGCUGAUGAGCAAGUGUUUUCCCAACAAGGACGUCCCAUGCGGCAUCACGGAGUACCUGCAGCUUGUGGCGGAGCUCGAGUUUGAGGCUGCGCCAGACUACAACCGGCUGCGUGCCAUCCUCGUCAAGGGGAUACGGGCCUCGGGUCUCAAGCAUGACGGCCGUCUACUCCUCUCCCCGCCCAGGAAGUCCCCCCCAGCCAGGUCCCCCGUUAAACGGAAACCCCCCGUGCCAAAGAAGCGGCCGAGGGCAUCUCCCGCCGCGCAGCUUGCGGAGUCGGACGACGACGACGACAAGGAGGAGGCUCCCCCUCCUGCCCGAGCACGCCCGGCCAACGCGCGUGCCCGCAAGCCACCCAACGUUGCCAGCGCCAGCAACGACGACGCUCCCCUCGCAGCCUCGCCGAGGGGCGGCCGCACCCGGCGACAGAGCGCCCCCAGCAUGAGCGAGGACGAACCGACGCCUCCUCCGCCUACGCCACCGGCCGCGACCAAGAGGAAACCGGCCCGGGGGCGCAAGGUCACAGCCGGUGUUGGACUGGCCACGGUGUCCUUCUCGAGCGAUGAGGAGGAGGCAACUACGGCGAGGAGGCCGGCACGCAGCCAGAAGCUGAUGAUAUCGAACUCCAGCGACGACGGCAACGACUUCAUCUUCGACUGGGUGCCGCCGAAGAGGCGGCCGGCCGUCGAACGCGGUGGUGGCCGGUUUUGCGCCACAGAGCCGGACGCGGCGGAGGCGAGGGGCGCCAGGUCCAAGGUGGCUCCGGGCACACCCCGUGGCGACCGGAAGGUGCACCGACAAAACGGGUUCGUCGAGGCCGACGACGCGAACUUCAACACCCUGGGGCUGGACAACCCAACGCCGGCGAUGCUGGAGCUGCUCAAGCGCAGGCAGGAGCAGCAGGACGAGUGCACCGUGGCAGCCACAGCCCGCAGCAAGCGGAGCAGUGCUUCCCCCUCCCCCAACCUCCCCUCCGCGGCGGCGGCGGCGCCGCCCCUGCGCAACGGGCACAUCGUUCCGGAGACCAGGGACCAGAAGGUGCAGACAACGCUGACAGGUCCCGUGUCUCAACGGAAGCCACGCAAGCCUCUAUGUUCCCCCGCCUCUCGGAACUGUGUCGGGAAACGUGACGCAGACGACAGCGAGUGGUUGCCCGGCGUUUGAUAGGAGGCACCAGACAGUUCCCCUUCAUUAUUCUUUUUUCUUCUCUGCAAGGUUCUACUUUGACCUAGCCCAGCCCAAGUUUGCCACAUUGGCAGUGCUUGAAGGGCAACAACAGACUGAAGUGCGUGUGUGUGCGUGUGCAAGCGUCCGGCCUUUUUUCUUUCUUUUUGUUUUCCGCCGAAAGCGGAACAGAAAGAGCCGACGAGCAAGCUGGUAGUGUGUGUGCGAGGAUGCUGGCAGCCUUCUAUUCUUCUUAAAGAUUUUUUUUUUUUUUUAUUGGUUCUUGUAAUUUCUAUUGUAAAUGUAUAUAAGUAUCACCUCCAUAAUUCUUGAUUCUUUAUUGGUUCCCCUCCCCAGUUUUUAGUCCCGCGCAUGUUCUCCAAUAAACAUCUUAGGAAAUGUUCUUUA